AUGGAAGGUGAAACAGUGAUGCAUACAGGAGGUUGUCAUUGUAUGAGUGUAAGGUGGAAAGUGAUUGCUCCUUCCAGUGUGGUGGUAUGGGACUGUAACUGCUCAAUCUGCUACAUGAGAGGCACUUCUAACUUCACUGUACCUGUUGACAAAUUUGAGCUUUUGGGAGAUUCUGCUGAGUUUCUUACAACUUACACGUUUGGCACUCACACUGCGAAACACACAUUUUGCAAAAUAUGCGGUAUAACUUCAUUCUAUUAUCCACGCUCAAACCCAGAAGGGGUUGCUGUUACAAUCAGGUGUGUUGACAAUGGAACGUUGAAAAUAGAUGAAAUCAAGAGUUUUGAUGGGAAGAAUUGGGAGCGCUCGUAUAAUGAGACAGGCAUCGCUUCUUGUUCAAAGGUGCAGAAGUAA